CCUUCAGUCCUCCAGGGGGCGCUCUAUGCAGGAGUAGAGGGGCCUAUGAGGACCAAAGAGUUCCAGUGUGGAGGCAAUGAGUCUGCUCUCCUGGAUUGUCAGAUUGACAGCUCAGGCUCAGCUAGAGACACCUGCUCAUCUGGCAAAGCUGUUGAACUCACCUGCUCAGAGCCCGAUAAUGUCCGGUUGGUGGGAGGAUCCACUCGCUGUGCUGGUGAACUGGAGGUGAAACAACAGGGACGGUGGGAAAAGGUGGACGACCAAACGUCUGACUGGAAUCUAAAGACAGCAGAUGUUGUGUGUGAACAACUGGACUGCGGCUCUGUUGUUUCUACAGGGAAGAGAACGAUUAGCCAGUACAGAACAAUAUGGAGGAUUGGAUCAACUUGUCUUCAGUCCGAAUCUGCAGUUAGAGAAUGUUUAUUUACAAAGCUUGACACUUCACUUUCCAACCUGGAGAUCAAGUGCUCAGGACCUGUCAGGCUGGUUAAUAGGACUAGUCCAUGUUCCGGCAGACUGGAGUCCUCCAGGGGGCGCUGUAUGGAGAAGCAGGGCCCCCAGUGUGGUCAAAAGAGUUCCAGUGUGGAGGCCAUGAGUCUGCUCUCCGGGACUGUGGAAGCUCAGGCUCAGCUAGAGACACCUGCUCAUCUGGCAAAGCUGUUGAACUCGCCUGCUCAGAGCCUGAUGACGUCCGGUUGGUUGGAGGAGCCAGCCGCUGUGUCGGUAGACUUGAGAUGA